CAUUCACUCUCUCUGGCGCUCUGUCAUCCGCCGGGUUGAGAGACUGAAGCUGCCUGGGAGAGAAACAGCGAGGAGGGGAGAGGAAACGGAGCGAUAUGGCGAGCAUCAACAUGGGGCCGAGACCGCUGCUGCUGCUGGAGCUGGCGUGGGCUCUCCUGGCCCUCCAAGCGGUUUACGUCCGAUGUCUUAACGGCGAUGAGGACCAGAGCCAGGACACCGAGUGCAAGAUGAAGAGCGUCACCGUGUCGGCGCUGCCGUUUUUAAGAGAAAACGACCUGAGCAUCAUGCACAGUCCCUCGGCCUCCGAGCCCAAGCUUCUGUUCUCUGUUAGAAACGAUUUUCCCGGGGACGUGGUGGUGGUGGACGACCUGGAAAACACUGAGCUCCCCUUUUUCGUCUUAGAAAUCUCUGGGAACUCGGAGGACAUCCCUCUAGUGCGCUGGAGGCAGCAGUGGCUGGAGAAUGGCACUCUACUCUUCCACAUCCAUCACCAAGACGGCAGCCUGAGCCUCCCAGAACCGACCGAGGAUCCAGCCAAUGUCUCUACGAAGGAGGAGCUCCGCAUCCUGCACAUCUCUGUGAUGGGCGGGAUGAUUGCCCUUCUGCUGUCCAUCCUCUGCCUGGUCCUGAUCCUCUACACUCGCAGGCGCUGGUGUAAACGCCGCCGCAUCCCUCAGCCCCAGAAGAGCGCGAGCGCCGAGGCGGCUAAUGAGAUCCACUACAUCCCAUCAGUGCUGAUGGGAGGCCAGGCACGCGAGAGCUUGAGGAACUCGCGGGGUCAGGGUCCAAACUCCAGCGGUACCCUCAGUAUCCGGGAGACACCGAUUUUGGAUGGGUACAAGCAGGGUUUGGAUGUGGGAUGGUAUGAGUAUGACAUUACCGACCUGCGUCACCAUCUGCAGCGGGAGUGCAUGAAUGGUGGGGAGGAAUUUGCCAGCCAAGUCACCCGUACCCUGGACUCGCUCCAGGGCUGUAAUGACAAGAAUAAUAUGGACCUCGCACCUGUGAGUGACAACACCAAGUUGGCGCUAAUGAACAAAUACAAGGACAACAUCAUUGCCACGAGUCCCAUCGAUAGCAACCACCAGCAGAACACCCUGCUUCCCCACAAUACCUCCACCAGCCAACGCAAACGUCUCUCCAGCAACACCCGUGCGGGUUCAACAUUCUUGAACCCAGACGGGGACUCUGGGACGGAGGCAGACAGCGAGCCUCAGCUGGCCUUUUACACCGACCCAAACCGCAGUCGCCGCCGGAGUCGAGGUAUGAGAAACGGUAAUGCCAACAGCGCGUGGGGCUCAGGGGCAGGUUCCCCACGGAGCCCCAUCAAUAAGACCACCCUGACUCUGAUCAGUGUCAUCAGCUGCGUGAUUGGCCUGGUUUACUCCUCUCACCUCUCCUGCAGCCUCUCAGUCCGGGUAAUCUUACAUGUUCCGGAGCACCUCAUUGCUGAUGGGUCAAGGUUCAUUUUGCUCCAGGGGAGCCAGUUGGAUGCUUCAGACUGGCUCAACCCAGCCCAGAUCUUGUUGUACUAUCAGCAGAAUGCCAGCGGGCCCUGGGUCAAUGAGCUGUGUGGACGACGCCUCCUGGAUCCCUGCGAGCAUCAGUGUGACCCCGAGACAGGAGAGUGCCUUUGCUUAGACGGCUACAUGAAGGACCCGGUCCACAAGCACCUCUGCAUCCGCAGUGAGUGGGGGCCCAAUCAGGGUCCCUGGCCUUACACCAUCUUCCAGCGUGGUUUUGAUCUUGUGAUGGGAGAACAACCCUCUGAUCGCAUUUUCAGAUUCACGUACACCCUAGGAGAAGGAAUGUGGCUGCCAUUAAGUAAAAGCUUUGUCAUCCCCCCUGCUGAGCUCGCCAUCAACCCAUCAGCCAAAUGCAAGACAGACAUGACAGUCAUGGAGGAUGCGGUAGAUGUAAGAGAGGAGUUGAUGAUCAGUUCAUCGUUUGACUCUUUGGAGGUUCUCCUGGACUCUUUUGGACCUGUCAGAGACUGCACCAAAGACAACGGUGGCUGCAGUCGCAAUUUCCGCUGUAUAUCAGACCGCAAGCUUGAUUCCACUGGAUGUGUGUGCCCCCCAGGACUCAGUCCUAUGAAGGAUGGCACCGGGUGCUAUGACCACCACAUCGGCAUCGACUGCUCUGACGGUUUCAAUGGAGGAUGUGAGCAGCUGUGUCUCCAGCAGCUGGCCCCUCUAGAGGAUGACCCGACACUCUACAACAUCCAGAUGUUCUGUGGGUGCAUCGAAGACUACAAACGCGGUCCAGAUGGGAGGUCGUGCCUGCCACUGUCUGAGGCUUGCACUGAGGGAAUAGACUGUGGAGAGGUGCUUGAUAUCCCUGCCAACCAGACGGUGUUUGGGGACCUUUUCUACGGAUACAACAACCACACCAAAGAGAGCACCUCUGGACAGAUCCUCAAGGCCACAUUCAGGCAGAAGAACUUUGCCCGAGGCAUCGAACAGCAGCUCCCAGAUGGCAUGGUGGUGGCAUCGGUGCCAACGCAGGCUCAAUGCCACGAGGAGCUGUCAGACCCUGUGCCCGACCCAGAAUACCUCACAGGUAUGGUGAACUACAGCGAGGUGUCUGGUUAUCCGCUCGUUCAGCACUGGAAUCUUCGCUCUGUGCUCUAUCACGUCAAACUCAAUCAAUGGGUCCUCUCUCAAGCCUUCAGCUCCGCAAUUCAUUCUCUGGAUGGAGCCACACAGCGGAGCGACUUUGUCUCCAUCCUCAGGGAGUUUGGGAACCACUACGUGCAGGAGGCAGUGUAUGGCUUCCAGGAGUCCUGUACCAUCUGGUACCCCAACAAACAGGUACAGAGGCAGCUGUGGUUGGAGUACCAGGACAUAAGCAAAGGUAACUCACCUUCAGAGGAGUCCGAGGAGCGCGACAAGGAGCCCCGGACGCUGACCUACCCUGCGUACAUUGCCAGUCUGCUGGACAGUGGAGCAAAGCGCAUGGCAGCCGGAGUCCGCAUGGACUGCAGCAGCCAAGGCCAGUGCCCACGCUCCUGCCACCUCUGCCACAUGAGCCCAAGGGCAGCACAAGGGCGGCAGCAGUCUGAGCCGGUCCUGCUGCAGAUUACCAAGGCUACACCUAUUUAUGAGCUGGUAUCCAACAAUGAAACCUACCAGGCUCUUCAGGAGGCAAUGAUGAGCAUGCUGUGGUGCUCAGGAAAAGGCGAUGUUAUCGAUGACUGGUGUCGAUGUGAUUCCAGCGCUUUUGGCACAGACGGACUGCCCACCUGCGCCCCACUUCCUCAGCCCAUGCUUAAACUGUCUUACGCCUACGAACCCAGCAGCUCAUUGGUCAUCAUGGAGUGGAACCACACGGAACCCCCAAUCGGUGUGAGGAUUGUUGAUUACCUCAUCAGCCAGGAGAAGGUGACAGAGAGAACCGACCACUCUAAAGUUGAGACAGAAACCCUUUUAAGCUUUGUGGAUGACAUCUUGUCUGGAGCCAGGUCUCCAUGUGUGAUGUUAGGUGACAUCCCUGACCUACUGUCCUCUUCUAUCAGUAUGAUUAUUCGCUGCCUGGAGCCCGACACCACAUACAUGUUCCGGCUAUGGGCAGUAGACAACACAGGGCGCCGUUCGACUCCAAGUGAAGUCACCAUCAAAACUCCAUGUCCAACUGUGGAUGACGUCAAAGCACAAGAAAUUGCAGAUAAGAUAUAUAACCUGUUUAACGGCUACACCAGUGGGAAGGAGCAGCAGACAGCUUACAACACUCUGAUGGACCUGGGCGCUCCUACACUGCACCGUGUGCUUUACCACUACAACCAGCGCUACGAGAGCUUUGGCGAAUUCACCUGGAGGUGUGAGGACGAGUUGGGACCCAGGAAGGCUGGCCUCAUCCUCUCGCAGCUCGAUGAGCUCUCCCCAUGGUGUAAGGGUCUCCUUCAGGAGCCAAAGAUUGGUCUUCGCAGGAUGUCCCUCAAGUUCCUGUCCUGCCGUUACACAGACACCAAGGUCUUUGGGCUUAACUGGUCAGACAUGGGCCAGGAUGUACAAAAGGCAUGUGAUGAGCAGACGCUCACUGUCAUGUAUAACGACUACGGCGAGCCCAGGGAGCUCUGAAGGUUUCAGAUUUGAUUUAAACGACAAGUUUACUAUUGCAAAUUGCAGUAUUUGUAUUUGUUGUCUCAAAUGCUCCACAUUAUUUGAAAAAGCCAUUAACUUUUUUAACUUAAAUGGCUCCUGAACUAAACAUAUUUAAUGUAUUACGGUAUCCAGUGGUCUCUAAAGUCAGCUCUAAAGAUCAGCUAAGAAAAAGGUCCUAAAUUAAUCCACUUUUCUUUACUGUUCUUUGUUAGACCUUAAAGACUGUUCCUCCCUUUGAGUUAGUAAACAUAAUGCAGUCGUUGCUGCUUUCGCCAGAAGCAUCUUUCUUCUUGAAGUUGAUCAGUUCUCACUGGUCAUUCUUCACUGCAUAUAAGACUAUGUUGUAAUAAGUGUUUUCUUUACUAUACAUUGUGAUCUUAUGGCCUGAAGCAUCAUUUUACGUGAAGUGGAUAAUUUAGCAUCAACACAAGCUUUAUAUUCAAAUCAAGGCCGGUGUGCAUAGUCGGCAUUCAUCAUGAAAUAUUGUGAGGGAGGAAUGUAUGGACCAACAAAAAAAGAAGGCAUCAAAAUCCACACAACUCCAGCUCUCAGAUCCAACUAACCCCAGGGUUAUCCAGAUUGAAUCAUUUGAGUGUAGGACGGCAGGCGAUGAUGGUGUAAAUGAUACUUACUUUUGUUUUGUUUGGUCAUGGCUCAUAGAUUUGGAAUUAAAAAAGACGAUUUGUUUUUUCCACUUUUUGUUGGCCUUGAUCAUUUCAAAUCUGUGAAACAGAAGGAAAGUGAUUUUUUUCUCUUUAAAGCAUUAAUUUGAUCCACAGAGUCACCUAGAAAGAAAAAAAGUGGUUUCAUUCCGAUUGGACAUUUUCAGAUUUAAACAGCUACUUUGUGCCUACUUAAAUUCAAAAGUACCCACAUCUUUAGAUGUUUUGGGAAAACACAGGGAAAAUGUCCACCAACCAUCAGUGACUAUAGGAAGCCUAGAUACAAUUAGUUGAUUCUUGGACUUGAUUUGUAAUCUGGAGUCAACUUCAUAUGAAGUUUACAUUUAAAGUUGGCUUAGAAGAGUCUGUCCAGUUCACUGUAGCCUCACCUUCACUGGCGCAUUCCAGCAGCGGUUAUAAAUGAAUAUUUUUCUGCUUCAGUUUUUAGUGGUUUUCAUCCAAAUGUAUUAUGAAUGAAUGCAGCACCUGCAGCAGGUGAACAGUUGUGCUAGACACCAAGUAUCUCAUGAUGUGAAUAGUUCUGGUAUUGGCUGCGUGUAGUUCCUUAUUCAUCUGGGGCAUUUUGUUUUUAGCUGCUACUCCUCCAUGUAUGUAUUUUGGAUGAAGUCAGCUUCACAGUAUGUAGUUACAGACCUUUUUUCUGUUUCCUCGUCUUUCCAACAUACCGAAGAGUUCAAGACAUGCAAUAUACUUCAGGAUGUGUCAUACGUGAUACUGGAAAAAAGGCAGUACCUUAUAAAGUUCUGUUUCUAUAAAAAAGGAGAGGUUGCAUGUAGGCAAAUAGAGAUUUACUAGAAAAGCAAAACUUAGAAAUGUUAAUUAUGUAGAUAACAGUUAGAAUUAUUUUAGUAGUAUAGACAUUCAACAGAAAGCCCUGUACAUAACAUUCAAAGUUUUAGUGAUAUAACCUGCUGAAUGUAGUGUUAUUUGCAUUUAAGCUGUAGUACAGAAGGUGUAACAGGCAUCAAAAACACAUGAUUUAAAAUCUGUACAAAUCCAAUAAAAACUUUCAAAACUAUCCUUCUUCAUUAUUUUCAAGUUUUAAUGUGAUUUAAUCUAGUGAAUACUUUCAAAAUGUAAUAAUCUUAAUUUCACGUGCACUAAUCUGGUGUGUUUCUUGCCAGCUUAUUCUUAUUUUAUUUGAAUUGUCUCAUGUUAUUAUGAUAUGGUAUUUUGGUUUGCAUUGUAUUAACUGUUGCUAGUAAGUUAUAAAUUAAUAGUUUAUUAAACUUUAGCAAAUAGUUCUUUUAUUGUUAACGGGCAAAAUUAAUACUGAAAUACUUAUUCUGUACUAAUUUUGUGCUUCUGGUGACUUGGCAUAUUUGUAGCUAAUCACCUAAUUGUAAGGUUGGACUGAAUGAAUAGUGUCUAGUUACAAGUUACAAAUGCCUAGCUCUCACAUUAAUGUUUUAUUAUUACUCACUACUUUAAUGAUAACCUAAAAGACGGCUAAUAUUGGUAUUGAUAAUAGUUAAUCAGCUAACAUUAACAGGUGGUCCAGAUUGAACAUUUUUGAUAAUUCAUUAAUAAUUUAAUGUUUCAAAACAACAGUUUUAUUGAUCUCAACGAAAUCUUGUUGACAUGUUCAGGUACUAGUGAGGCGACGAGCUGUGUGGCUAACAGUAACACUGUAUGAAGUUCUGUCUUAACUGCUUUGUUAGUAUCAGUACUGCUGUAAAUGAGUUCAUCUGAUAGUCAUUUUUAGUAUCAGGCACCAUCGUAUUUUUUUUUAGAAUUUUGUUAUCAAAAGGUACCAUUAGGUGUCAGUUCUAGUGAUAUAUCUAAUAACUUACUAAUGUUGUAACAGAUCAUAUAUAUUAGAUUUAACACAGAUCAGAUAUAAUAAGAUGACACACUUUGUGUCAGAAUGUACUCUAGUUUUGAUUUGAUAUGAUGACAUUGUCUGUUAACAGGAAGAAGCUACUAGCUACAGUUUUAUCCUCUAUUAAUUUACCAUUUAUUAAUUACAGUUAUUUUUAGGUGUUACUGUUACUUUAACUGUAGUUGCCAAGUCAAAGGUUGAUGUCAAAGAAAAAAGAUAUAAACGAGCAGAUGAUUUUCAACAGUUCUCGUAUGUGAAUACUAAAAUGAGCGCUUGUAGAUUUUUGUAUAGGCAGCAAAAUAUUUCAUAAAUGCUUCACGUUAGAGCACAGUACGGUGUUUGACUUAUGUAUAUAAAUGUACAACAAUUGGUAUUUUACAUUUACAUGUGCUUUACUAGAUCCAAUGAUGUACUGUAAUAUCUGCUGUGUAUCGCAGUCUCUGCACAUUAAUACACUGAUGCCAGUUGUAAAAUGACGAGCAUAGGGUUCUUAAUCUUCUGUGAUCUGUAGAUGAUACCUGGAAUUUAGCUGAACUUUUGCGCUGAGCUAAACUGAAAACAAAAUAACCAACGAAAUAAAAAAAGAUAUGGGGACCCAUUUGAGCAUUUCAGAAACAUGUGAAACAACCAUCUACUAUCUGCAUGCUAUAUUGUAUGUGGCAUCAUAAAGUCGACUUUUUCACUUUGAUCUUUGCUACUUCUGAGAACAA